AUGUCCAAGGAGGACCACACGUGCAAGCACAAGGAACGCAAGCCCAAGAAGCCCCACUACAUCCCACGGCCAUGGGGCAAACCUUACAACUAUAAGUGCUUCCAGUGCCCCUUCACCUGCAUGGAGAAGUCCCAUCUGUACAACCACAUGAAGUACAGCCUCUGUAAGAACUCCCUAUCUCUGUUAAUCGAGUCCGACUGGCCAUACAAGAAGGGCAACCUUCUGCACCUGGACCAGCUCCGGCCCCUCCAGCAAGCCCACUCUCUCCGGACCACAGCUGGGAAAGAGGAGCCUGAGCCAGCUACAGGGAAUGAGGAGAGGCCCCGGCAGCAACAAGACAUGGAGGAGGAAGGGGAGAGCCCGGGAGGAGAGGAGGAAGAGGAAGAGAGUGGACAAGGGGCUGAAGUCACUGAGAUGACCAGAGAGAGCUCCAACAGGGACUCAGAAGGCACAGCCAAGAGAACCAGUAAGCGUCCUGAGCCGGAGCUGCUGAUGACUGAUGUGUUCUCCCUGGAGGACCAGCUCUUGAGAGCACACUCGGUGGAGAACCAGCUAAAGCACUACAAGCUGUCCAAGACGUUCCUGACUGCACCUGACCUGCUGUCGGAGCAGUGGCGCCUGCUUGCCACCAGCCACACCAUGGCCGAGGGCACCCAGCCCAGAGUGAGCGACUCCAUCCCCUGCUACCCGCCUCCACCCGGCCUGGUGGACUACCAGGACCCCACAGAACUCAACCGGUCUAUCCUUGGGGUGGGAUACCCCCUGAGCCCCAGCCUCUUCUCCUAUAUGAAUUCAAUGAAUGCAAUCCCCACUGCUGACACCAAUAUAACCGUACCGACUCAAGCGCAGCUAGCCCAGCUCCCCUUCCUGGCAUCAGCCGCUCAGCUCUUGCACCCGGCAUCCGGUGUGCACCACCCCAUCAACCGGACCCUCCUGCCGUCCCGCUUCUACUACCCAUUCCUCUGCGAGCAUGCCUUUGGAGCAGCCUCCACUAAGAGCGACGUCAACAAGGUUCUCAAAACCUCUGCGAAUGGCCUGAAGCCCAACCCCAGUUACCAGCCCAAAGUCAACUUGUGGAAGGUGCCUGCUCUGAGGCCAAGUACCACCACCACCUCAUCCCCUACAGCAUCACCAGACCCUUCCUACAGGACAGGGGACAAGCUCCAUGCUGCAGACAAGGAAGGGAAACCAGGAUGGGGCCUCAAGAGAACAGGAGCCCUCUUGGGGACCGACGAGUCCCCUGCAGAGAAGAGGCCAGCCCUCGGGUUCACCCUGGAUCUACUCAAGAACAUUCAGAACACCAUACCCUUCUCCAUGGCAACAGAAAAGCUCUUCCUCCACAGCAGUUUUACAAAUGCUCAGUCUCAGUCCCGGCCAGCGGAGCAGUGCUACACAAAUUACCCCGUGAGCCGAGUCAGUGAGUCGCCCUCUCCUCCAAAUUGUAGAAGAACCAGCAGCCAGGACUCUACCAUCGGUCAAGGGACGGGGGAGGCAUCCUCAAAAUCAGAAUCAGCUGCUGCCCUCCUCAGCAACCUUUCCAACGCUCUACAGGAGUACCAGGAUGCCGAAUGCAAGAUCUCCCACCUAGAGAAAGAGGACCUCAUCGCUCAGGGACACCUAUGGGAACACCUGAACAAGAUCCGCAGCGAGCUCUCCCACAUUCACCAUGCACUGGAGAGGACAGCCCGUCAGUCAGAAGGACCCCUGGAUCUCUCCAUCAAGAAGGAACAACCCGUGGUGACUGAGGUGGUCGCGGCCGGUUACCAGGGCCUCAUGGGAGCCUCACUUAAAGACGACAUCACCGCGGAGACUGAGGAAGACGAUGAGGAGGCAGAGGAGGAGGAAGUGGAGGAGGAGGAAGAUGAGAAUGAGAUGAGGAAGGAAGCGAUGAAGGCUUCAUUAGAGCGUCGAAAGCAAUCGCUGGACGUGCUGAUCAAGAUGAGUCAGGCUGGGGUGCAGGUGGUGAAGACGGAGGUCCUGUCAUCAGGGGGGUUGGGGUUGAGGCCAAGCCAGGCGGAGGGUCUCUGGCCAGGCAGGACCACCAAGUGUGAGGCUGACUCCAGCGUGCUGCUUUGCACUGAUGGACGGCCCCUCGCGGUCUUCACUGACUUCCCCCCCUCCUCCAACAAAAACUCCAAGAAGCCCCUGUCCAUUCAGCGACUAGGGGUGCCACAAUGUCCGCCAAGCCCCCUGACAGCAACAGACUCCUAA